UAGCUAUUAGAAUUUAGAGCACUUACCUAAUCACAAUCCCCUAACCUAUGUAAGUUUAACCUUAGUCUAGGUAGUUAUCUACAGGUAGUUAUACAUACAAGUACAAACUAUAAACUAUAAAAUCUAUCAACUUGUUACAUUAUCUUUUUACGUUCCCCCCUUCAAUAUUUCCUGUAAAACAGAGAGUAAGCGAAUAGUAUAUAUACCUACCAGCAUCCCCGUAUUUCAAUUCGAUUGAUUGGUUAUCGCACGUGCCUAACCUAGAAUGCCGCGCACUACGACUGCGGCUCAGCAAGAUACCAUGGACCAGAGAACGCUAUGAUUCGUUUCAUCUAGCCAGGUUCACGUAAUCGUCUGGAGACCACAUGUCGCUCUGAGAUGCGAACUUAGCCCUGCCAGCUAAUUCAAAACCAGCUUCGGGAUCCCUCGGGUUUAACUUAAUUCCUUUCCCCCAGCAUCCUCCGUACGGAUAGAACAAAAAUACAAUAUGCAAGCCGGUGCUUUCAACGGAACAAGCGGCGACGACCCCGCGUCGUCGUCGGCGGCAGCCGGGGGUAUCGGAGCAAAUGGUCAUGCAAAGCGAACACGAGUCCUGCUUAGCUGUGCGCCUUGCCGCAACUCUAAGCUUAAGUGCGACCGCAUAACGCCGUGCGGCCAGUGCGUUCGGAAGGGGAAGCCGGAAGGCUGCCUCUAUGCUCCGAGACCCGAGAAGCAGAAACCAGCAAAGAGCAUGGCUGCACGUUUAAAGAGACUCGAAGGGAUGGUUCGCGGUAUGAUCGAUACGGAGGGUUCUAUACCAAUGGUUCCUACGGAUAGGAAAGCAGGACAGGAGCAGAGUGCCGGUGGUCUCGUUGUUCAAGGUGAGAAAGCUACAAAUUACGUCGGCGGCACACAUUUUAUGGCUAUUUUAGAGGACAUCGAGGAUCUUAAAAGCUACUUCGAAGACCCACUUGAUGAUGGCGACGAGAUCUAUGACCCGUAUGAGAAUACCGGACCAAAUGAGCUCUUGAUGUUCUCACGGGGCGUCCCUAGGGAUAAGUCGGAGCUGCUGGCCCUCUUGCCAGAGAAGGCUGUCAUUGAUCGUCUGAUGAAUCGCUACUUCAACUCUAAUAGUCCUUCUCAACAUAUCAUUCACAUCCCUACAUUUCUGAGGGAAUACAACGAAUUCUGUAAAGAUCCUGACCGGGCGCCUCUGAACUGGAUAGCUAUGCUCUAUAUGGUGUUGGCACUUGGUGUGUUCUUCUCUUCAUUUGCCGCGCCGCAUGAGCUUGUGAGCGAUUCUCCUAUGCCAGUCAUGGACAGGUUCAGGCAGUACAGGGGCGCCGCUGGGUGGGCUCUAAUUUGGGGGAAGUACUCCCAACCGAACUUUUAUACGCUUCAAGCAUUCCUAUUAUAUGUCGAGGGAGAUUUCAUGACGAAUCGCAAUCAUCGUAUGAAUUGUUACCUGCUUUCAUCCGUCUUGAUCCGACUUAUGUUGAAGAUGGGUCUCCAUCGCGAUCCUAGUAAAUUACCCAAUAUAACGCCGUAUGAUGGCGAGAUGCGGCGGCGUCUAUGGAAUAUCGCUAUUCAAGUCGAGUUGCUAGUCGCAUUCAAUCUAGGUCUACCUAGUAUGGUCCACGGAAUCGAGACCGAUACGGAGCUGCCGUCACAUCUAAUGGAUACUGAUUUUGAUAAGGACACUAAGGAGCUGCCCCCAGCCCGCCCCGAUACGGAAUAUACGCCGCUUACCUACCCGAUCAGCAAAGCAAAGAUAACACGCGUGUUUUUCUUAGUCGUUCGGCAAGCACAUGCUCUUAGAGUCCCGACGUAUGCCGAGGUCAUGAAGAUCGAUUCACAGAUCGAAGAAACAUGGAAUAAUAUACCUCCACUUAUGAAAAUGAAGCCGAUGGAAGAGUGUGUUAUGGAACAACCCGUCCGGAUUAUCCAGAGAUUCGGUAUCGCGGCAAUAUAUCAAAAAAGUCGAUGUGUCCUUCAUCGACGGUAUCUUGCCGAACUCGUACCAAAAGAGGAGCACGACUACUCCCGCCGAAUAUGUUUUGAGGCGGCGUUGGCAUUACUAGACCUUCAAAAUACUAUGCACGAAGCUACUAAGCCGGGUGGCAUGCUGCGCCAGACAGGCUGGUUCGUUGCAGCACUGGUGGCUGUUAAUGACUUCCUCCUGGCGGAUAUGGUCCUCGCCCUCAUGAUUCAGAAUGAUAAAUACUGGGAGGAGGGCAACAGUCCCAGCUGGAUAGCCCGAAGCUCGCCGCCAUUCACCAAAGAUAAGCUCUUGUACCUGCUUAAGAGAUCAUACAACGUCUGGUGCGAUAUGUCAGGUGACGCAAGUGAAUUCAAGAAGGCCGAAGAGGUCGUUCGGACUAUACUCCAAAGAAUUCAGGCGAAACUUCAAAUCGAUGCUUCACUCUUCCCUAAUACACCGCCGGAGUUAUCUAUAAACGGGAAUACCGAGAUGACGGAGAUGACAGAUUUGUCGAUAGGCAGUGGCGGCCCUUCAACAAUAUCUAAUAGCAAUGAGCCUGCCGUUGAGGAUUUUGCUGAUUUCGGCGCCGCCACGACAAAUACAAUGGGCGCGAGCGGGAUAUCGGACUCUCCUUGGACGAUGCAGAAUGACUAUGACUGGCGAUCCUUUGAUCCCAUGGCGCGUGAUAGCGGACACAUCGAUCCCACAAUACAAAUGACGCAGGACGCUUGGCUGGCCGGGAAUACAGCAGAAGACUUUCCCGAGUUGUUAACUCCAAACGCAUGGGGCUUCCAUCCAUCGUAACUCCUCAGCCGGGAUAGCCGUUUGAAUCCAGGGGUAAAAAGCCAGCGGAAUCGUCCGAUCCGCCUUUGAUAAGGUAUCAAGCUUCAAGGUUACAGAUUCGUAGCAUCCUAGCUUUUCCAAAGUGAGAAAUCCUGGGCUGACCUAGGGAGGGUGUGGAGAAGAAGUUCGAAGAAACACGAUCUAUCCGCGGGGUAUUAUUUCCAACCCCGCAUGGUCCCUGAUUGGUUAGCCCUGCAAGUUAUCUCGUUGUUUUCGAGGGGAGCUUA